AUGUUCAUUUUAAUUGAUAUAUUCAAUCUUGCUGAACAAAUAGGCGUUUAUUUUAUCAUUAAACAUGAUGAUCUUGAUGAAGAUACACAACAACGAUUCUUUUUUAUAUUGUUUGGUGUUGGUGGAGCUUCAGUAUUUAAACCACUUCUUGUUCAUCCAGUACUGAUGGUUUUAUUUAGUAUAUCAAUUGAAAUUGGUGAAUUAGUGUCAUAUUUAAAAUUAUUACCAAAUACAACUAGUUUACUCGUUGUAAUUAUUUUAUUUUUUUGUUUCGAAGUUAUUUUUCAUUUAAUAAGUCUAAUUGGUAUUUGGGAUAAUGAUGAUCAAAAUCGUUGUCGAAAUUUUGCGAAAGGUUGUUGUUCAUUACCAGCACGUAUAUUAUCAUAUGGUUUAUUAUUUGAAACACAAAUAUUAUUCUUAUUUCUUGAUUCUCGAUCAUCAUUUCGUGAUACUUUCUAUGAAGUUUUAAUGAUUUUAGGAACAUUUUUUGGUUUAUCUGCAAUAGAUAAAGCUGCUAAACGCUGUUGUGCUUGUUUUCAAGAUAAGGAUGAAGAGGAAAAUACUUUAUAUUCAGCAUGGGAAGUAUUUUUAUCAUUACUCAGCGCUAUAGAAAGUCCUAUUAUUUUAAUAGCUGCAGUUGUAUAUGCAAGUCAAGCACUUCAAAAUAAGGACCAAUUAAAAACAUAUGAUUUUGUUAUUUAUAUUAUUAUAUUGAUUUUUUAUGGAUCGCUUCUUCUUACGUUGGCACUAACACUUUUAUGUACUCUAUGUUUGUGUGCAGGUGCAGCACUAAAAUUUUUAAAAGACUCUUUGUUUCCUGGAUGA